AUGGGUACCAAAGGAAUCCGCACUGCCCUCACGGUCGACUUGAAUAAGCCAGCAAGUGAGCAGCCUGGUCUGCAUAACCGAUGGCACCCAGAUAUCCCUGCCCAUGGUAAAAUCGCCAACAAUGAAGUCGUCAAGAUCGAAUGCCUCGACUGGACGGGCGGACAGAUCAAAAACAACGACUCAGCCGACGACGUGAAGAACGUAGAUCUCACCAAGAUUCACUAUCUCUCCGGACCGUUCGACAUCGAAACCGCGGAACCGGGCGAUGUCCUGCUCGUGGAGAUUCAGGACGUGCAGCCCUUCCAGGACCAGCCCUGGGGAUUUACUGGCGUGUUUCAUCGACAGAAUGGAGGCGGUUUCUUGGAUGAGAUAUAUCCCGAAGCAGCGAAGGCAAUUUGGGACUUCGAGGGCAUCUUUUGCUCCUCUCGUCACAUCCCACACGUUCGAUUCGCGGGUCUCAUUCAUCCCGGCAUCUUGGGGUGUGCUCCCUCGGCAGAAGUACUCGCUGAAUGGAACAAGCGUGAAGGCGAACUGAUCGCAGCCAACACCGUGGCUGAUCGAAUCGUCGCACAGCCUCCGCAGCCUCUGAAUGCACACGCAGGUGGUGCGGACGAGGCUACCAAGAGCAAAGUCGCCAGAGAAGGAGCUCGCACGAUCCCUGGCCGCCCCGAACACGGCGGAAACUGCGAUAUCAAGAACCUCUCCCGCGGUUCCAAAGUGUAUCUCCCCGUCCACGUCCCAGGCGCCAAGUUCUCCGUCGGAGAUCUCCACUUCUCGCAAGGCGACGGCGAGAUCUCCUUCUGCGGCGCGAUUGAGAUGGCCGGUGUGAUCACGCUCAAGUUCAGCGUGAUCAAAAACGGAAUGGCCAAGCUGGACAUGAAGUCCCCGAUCUUCCACGCAGGUCCCGUGGAGCCGCAGUUCGGGCCCGGGCGCUACCUUACCUUUGAAGGGUUCUCUGUCGACGAGAAGGGCAAGCAGCAUUAUCUCGAUGCCUCGGUCGCGUAUCGGCAGACCUGUCUACGGGUUAUUGAGUAUUUGAGACGCUAUGGAUACAGCGAUUAUCAGAUUUAUUUGCUGCUAAGCUGUGCACCCGUGCAGGGACAUAUUGCUGGCAUUGUGGAUAUUCCGAAUGCGUGCACUACCCUUGGUGUGCCGAUGGAUAUCUUUGAUUUUGAUAUUCGGCCCGAGACCGAUGCCGUCAAGAUGGAUAUGGGGACCUGUGCUUUUGCUAGUCAGUAG